CGCUGCACGCAAACGUACGUUGAAACUCGCAGUGAACUACACGUACAUUUUCAUGCAGGAUCAACAAACAUGGCGGAUUGUCCUCGACCUCGCAAAAAUCUGGCCGCUUUAGUCGCCUGUUUCCUGAUUUUUCUUUUGGGAUACGUCUUGUAUACAAAUAAAGACACCCUAACGGCUUCAACAAGUAGAGAUGAUUUCUUCCGACCAGUUCCGAUAUACCGUCAAAUGCAACAUGACACAAGGACACACAACGCUUCUAACAACGCGUCGACCGCCAGUGGCAGUCCCGUCCCAACACAAGCUAACCCGACAGCCGCCAACCACUCCAGCAAAGAUGGCGUCGGUAACGAACCUCUGGACUACGAAAUCGUCAUCUCCCACUAUAACGAGAAACUGGAUUGGAUGAAGCCCCUUGCCGAUCACAGUCACGUGUAUCACAAGGGGAAAGACAAGGGACCGCCUUUUGAUGUGUACAAGUGGGAGAAGUUACCAAACGUGGGGCGAGAAGCCCACACCUACCUAUACCAUAUCAUACAGAAUUACGACAAACUCGCCAAUAUAACCGUCUUCCUACAAGGCACGGAUCCUGGUGGAGAGCAUAGGAGUUGGUGCUUUCCCACUGCGAUGGAGUUCGUCCAGCGAGCCAAGAAACACGAGUACUGCAACAUCAGGCAGCGUUACGGCGGCUGGGGGCGCAUCCGCCAUCUUGGCAAGUGGCUGAAAUCUCUUCAGAACGGCCAGAUGCGGAGAGCGAACCUGACUAUGGGCGAGUUCUACACAGCUUUGUUUGGCACCAAACCACCCGACGGAGUGCCAGUAUGUUUAACAGGAUGUAUUUCUGCUUCGAGGGAAAACCUGAGACGGUUCCCAGUUAGUUUCUAUGAGAAAGCAAUAUCUUUUGUGAACGAUCACUCGAACCCAGAGGAGGCCCAUUACUUUGAGAGACUUUGGGCAACCAUAAUCAAUGCCAAGAAACAGUGAUUUGAAUCGGAGACACUUCCCAACUCGUGGGGAGCUUCCUAACUUUUGUGACAUUUUGUAAUAAAUGUAUACAACUCUUAGGAGGUUUGCCAAACCUCGAUUUUGAAUGCCGCUCCGGCGUCAGGUUCUGGCCUCAUGAGUUUAAACUUGGAAUUGAAUUUAUUUGGUCUCAAGUCAACACGGUUUUCUUUUGGAUUUCUAUUGGGUUUAAUCAUUAUAGGUAUCUGGUAACUCGAAAGCCACUAGAAGCCAAUUUUCAGAUGAAGCCGUAGUUUGGUAAAUACUAUUAACCCUCAUGGCGGCCAAUUUGAAAAUCCAAGAUGGCCGCCAUGUAGGUGUGUACACAUAUGCCAACAUUGAGUAUUCUCCAAUUCUCGGAAGAUUCCAAAAAUGUGUAGUUUGGCUAAUCCCCAAAAUUUUGAACAAAAAUAAUUAGUGAACCUGACUUUCAGGAAUGGAGAACGAAUCUGCAUUAAUUUAUUUAUGAGCAAGUUGGGGCAAGGAACGUCAGUUAAUCGACAAGUGGUUGGUUUGAGACGUUACGUACGCCUGCGCACUAAAUAACAACAAGGAAACGGCUCUAAUCCAGCGAAUGUCAAGAGUCGUGGCUCCCUGUUGUGCUUUGAGGUGCGCGCAGCUAUUGGUAACCAGCGAUGCAACCGUGCCUCGUGGUCCUCUUCCUGUGCAAUAUAACUAGAGGAUUUCAACCAUCCUGCGUUCGAGCGAAUUUAGUCGAACUAUGGUAGACUGUGUAGUUAGCGUCCGAAUUUGCCCUUUGUUGGAAAAUCAUGAACCGUUACUAAUAAUACAGAGAAAAAAAUGAGAAUAUUGUAUAUUUUAAUUAAUGAGCCAAUUUUGGAAAUUAUGUUAUGCUGAUAUCGAGACCACCGGUUGCGAUAAUAUCGAUUAAUUCUAAACAGGAACAUAAAUUCUACUGAAAUAUUUAACAUUUUCUUUAUAAAAUUGUAAAUUCCUCUUAUUAAAUGAAAAGUUAGAAAAUGUGUCACUUUGCUAAAAUCUGUGUGCAACCACAAAUUAAAUCAUAAGUUAUAACA